UUCUUUCUUCGUAUUCUUCCGUAUUUAAUUAAAAAAAACAUCUAAAUUCUAAAUUCAACAAAACCCAAAUCUGCUGAGGAAAAAAAUACCAUUUCUUGCUCGCUUUCUUAUUUUGGAGUUCUGGGUUUGAAAAUAAAGGAUUGAUUUAUCUCUGUUUUCAGUUAAUGGAGAAGGAGGUAGGUUCAGCAGCAGCAGCUUUGGAAGGGUUUUCACCAGUCUCUACAACUAGAAUUUCAUGGAAUUCCAGGAAGAGAUCUGCUAGCGGGAGGAAUUUAGACAAGGUAACACAAGAGACUGCUAAUGUGACACCCACCAAACAGGAAGAACACACUCUUGAUCAAGACAAUGCACCGGAUCCUGUGACGGCUUCCGAACUUUCUGAGCGCCGGAAAGCUCUGUUUGAACCCCUGGAACCUAUAAAAAAUGUCAAUGGCUGGCGACCGUCAGCUGAAUCUUUGCUUCCCCCACCGGACUUCAAUGCUGCAAGCUAUCCAAAGGGCUGGCUGAUCGGAAAGAAGAGGAAGCUGGUAAAUGUUGAUGUUGUCGAGAGCAUGCGAAGGAUUGCAGUCCAGGAAAUGAACAGAAAGGUAAGGAUAAUUUAUAGGUCUAUGGGAUAG